GUUUUCAGCUGCCCCCAGCUGCUCUGCAAGGCUCCGUUCUCUGAGCUCCCUCGCCCCUGGAAGGUGAUAACCGCAAAAAGGAGGCUAACAGUUUCUUCAGUGGGGGCUUCGGAUGACAUCAUAUCCUCAGUCUGCAGCCGGCGAAGGGCCCAGUUUCCUCACCCACCACGCCCCCCCGUUCCUGGGCCCCUCCCUUAGCGCCCUAGCUUGACCUAAGCUGCUGGUGGGAGCACACCAUGGCCUCGCGGGUGACCUGCUUUCUCUCGCUGACCCUGCUGCUGAACGCCUUCGCUGGGCUCCAGGGUUCGAAAUCCUUUCAAAUGUCGCCUCCGCAUGCGGUCGCGGAACGUGGCGAGAACGUGAAGCUGAUAUGCAAAGUGCUGUUGUCCACUUCGCAAGGAUGCUCUUGGCUCUUCCAGAAGCGGGGCGACGGACUUGCACCCACCUUCCUCAUCUAUCUCUCUUCGACCCGGAAAAAAUCGAAUGACAACCUAAAUUCAAAUCAGAUCUCUGGCGAGAAGAAUGGUGACGAGUACACCCUCACCCUGAGCAAGUUCAGCGAGGAAAACCAAGGCUACUAUUUCUGCUCUGUCACAAGCAACUCAGUGGUGUACUUCAGUCCUCUCGUGCAGGUCUUUCUGCCAGAGAAGCCCACCACGCCAGUGGCGCGACUACCCACACCAGUGCCCACUACCGGGACAUCCCGGUCCCAGCGACCAGAAGCUUGCCGGCCCGGGGCGGGCGUUUCAGUGAAGAAGAGCGGAUUGGACUUCGACUGUAAUAUCUUCAUCUGGGCACCCUUAGCCGGAAUCUGCGGGGUCCUUCUGCUGUCCCUGGUCAUCACUCUCAUCUGCUGCCACAGGAACCGAAGGCGUGUUUGCAAAUGUCCCAGGCCCCUGGUCAGACAAGGAGGCAAGCCCGGCCCUUCAGAGAAAUUCGUGUAAGAUGACGUCAGAGACCUCUUCAUGCAAGAGAUCGAGCCCUCCUUUCCAGUAUUUCCCACCUUCCUAUAUAUUGUUCUCUGUAUUAUUUUAGUGGGGUGGGGUGGGUGGGAGCAGUUUCUUUUCUUUAUAAAUUCACUUUGACACAAAACAAGACCACAUAAGUCUACAGGACACAAGGGUGUCAGCUCUAUUGUUGCGUGCACAGAAUGGGGUGGAAAACUGUAACAGCAGAGCUUACUGAGUUCUCGGGGUUAGGGGAUGAUCGGCACCCACUUGAUGAUCUAAAUGCCCUGUCUGCCCAUUAUACAGAAGAGGCUGAAGGUCAGAGCUAGGGACGGCAGGAUCUGUGGGCCAGGAGAGAACCCAUGCUGGAGGAACCCUCACCAGCUGGGGAACUUGCUCCGUACCCUGAGCUCUCUAUUCAGGGCUGUGCCUGUGUAGUGUGUAGGCUGUGUAGUGGUGUGCGUGUGCCUCAAACCACAAGAGAGCGAGCAGUGUCACCUGUGACCUGCUCAGCGCUGGCCAUGAGCACAGACGUCACAGUCAGGAGAGGAGGACUACCUUUAUGCACCUGAACAUCAGCGCUCCUUGUAAGGCGGUCCAAACUCCUACAAGUCAAGGGGUAUAGUCAGCCCUGGAAAACAGCUCCCUCUGUUUGCUGAAGACCGCCUCUGUGAGAUUCCUGUGGAACUGUGACUGCCUCAGCCCUUGCACCACAGAGGGUGAGGUUUUACGAGUACGAUUUGUGCAUCAGAGCAGCUGUAGACAGGCUCUCCCCCAUUUCUAAACAUCUAGACUGGGAUGUGCUCGUGGGGUCACGGACAUGUUUAUACUUCCCAAGAAUCCUUGGAGAGCACUCUUUGGCAUCCCUGGAAGACAGAUGUGCGGAUGAGGCAGGGUAGGCUUGAGGAAAGAGGCUGGCUGUCAAGACUACUGCCCCAGGGUGAAUUUCCUCUCACAGUAUUAUAUAAGCAACAGAUGUUAUGGAAUAAAAAACCUGAAGGAACUAGGAGUCACCCAUAUCUGAUUAUUUCCUAUGCAUAUAUAAGUAAGAAAAAUAUACACCUUGGGUUUUAAAAUGGGAUUAUACCACACUUUUUGUAAGUGGCUUUAGUAAAUAAACAUAGUAUCAUUUAAUG